AUGUAUAGUGCGUUUAAAACUUUUGACGCAAAAAAUCACACAUUAAAAAAUUAAAUAAAAAGUAAAAUAAAAUAGCACAAUCUAGCCCAUCUAACAAUGUGCUGGAUACCACUGACAGCAUCGAAUGUAAAAAUCUAAAUUAGGACUAAUAAAACGCCUAUUGCGCUGAGAAUUUCCUGUGUGAAGUUAGUCAUAGGAGUUAAAUUCAGAAGAAUGAGGUUCACACCAUGGCUGACACUGUUUCAGGCCAAAGGUGGGCCUACUUUUUUUUUACCCAUGCUGGAGGGAAGUUUGCUAAAGCACUACAGGCUGACCAGACAAAAAUGAUUCUUCACUGAAUCUCUUAUUCAUUUUACACAGCAACAAAUCUAUAUACCUCACGUGUGAUUAAUUGGAUCUUUUAACUAAAUGCAAUAUAAUUCACUAUAAACAAUAAAAAGUCAAGUAGAUAUAAGAUAGAUGAUAGGAAAAAAAGUAAGUAGUUUGCAUGUUCACUGGUUUUAUAGCCUAGUUCUUAACCUGUGUAUGUUCACUUUACAUGUACGCACUCAAACAGACAAUAGUCACUGUGUCCAUCUGAAAACAUGUACACAAUAUAAGCUAUACCAUUCAUCAAAUGAGGAACACCCUGAGUUUGGAUAUCUAACCUAUAACGACUUAUAAUCCCUUAUAACGAUAAACAAACCACUGAAUAAAUUGCUUCACUUUUUUUAAGAACAGUGAAGCAAUUUUUUUUUAAACACAAAGAACACAAAUGCACCCAGGUUGUGUAUACGUAAUGAAUUAUAUCUCUGCUAAACUUUUAACAAAUGAAAAAAACAAAAACAAACAAACAAAUAAACAAAAAAAAAACAAAACAAAAAACUUUAUUGCAAGCUUAUUUUAGACCUCUGUAAAUUUGAUGUCCCAUUCAAUAUCAUUCUACAAAGUCCUCCCCCACUGUUAGAAUAUAUUUCUCCUGUUGUAUUCAGAUUAAAACCCCAUGCAUUAUCGUGAAUUAGUUCAUUCUGACUUGUUAAAGCGUGGAUUGAUUUGAAACUAACAUCAGGCAGCAUAAGACUCGCUCUUAAAGCACAAAGAAUCACGAACCUUUUCCCCACCUCAGCGUACACAUGACGAAGAAGAUACCUUGUUGUUGUGUGGGAUUAUCACCUGCCUGUGUGUUUUUCUAUAGAACUAUACAAUAAAACGCCUGUCUCUUUAAGGCGAGGCAGCGGAGUGUUGUGAAGUUCAAGUUGGGGUCACUGUUAGUUCCUGCCCUUGCUUUUACCUUUUGAGUUUUAUUGUAGACUGACAUCACACACACAGAGCUAAAGCACACUGCAUCAUCAGCUCCGUUCGCCUUUUUACAUACACUCACACACACUCUCUCUCUCUCUCACACACACACACAAAUUAAAGGAAAUUACUACAAUAAAAAAGCCAUGCUGUAGCGAGGGCACAUAUUUUAUAGGAGGAGGGAAAGAGGUGGAGAGUGAGAGAGAGAGUGAGAGAGAGAGAGAGAGAGAGAGAGAGAGGAGGGCGAACAAGAUUCAUAGCAAUUAAUAAUCUUUAAAAAAAAAAAAAAAGAGUUGGCAGUCGUGUGCGGAAAACUGGCAUGGUUUUUGGAGGCUGGCAGUUCAGAGUUGAGACGUCAGAAAUGCGUGCAUUAGAGAGCUGAGAUGAUCAUUACCGGAGACUCAGAGCGGAUGGUAGAAGAUCUCGGGUAUCCAGGUGGUGGACGGAAGACAAUGCUGGAUGCCAUGGAAGUCCCAAGUCAUGCUAGGCACCUCCUCUUGCAACUGAACACGCAACGUACCAAAGGCUUCUUGUGUGAUGUCAUCAUAGUGGUGCAAAAUGCUCUAUUUCGUGCUCAUAAGAACAUUCUGGCUGCCAGCAGCCUCUACCUUAAAUCCCUUGUUGUCCACGACAACCUCAUCAACCUGGACCAUGAGAUGGUGAGUCCAGGUGUUUUCCGAGUCAUCCUUGACUAUAUAUACACAGGACGCUUAAGUGAAGGUGACCCCACCUCUCCAACAGAGCCCAACAUAGGUGCAGUGCUAGCAGCUGCUAGUUAUUUGCAGCUGUUGGACUUGGUGGCCCUGUGCAAAAAAAAGCUAAAAAGGAAUGGGAAAUACCACUUACGACCCACGUCUGGGUUUCUGCCUUACAAUAAAAUGAGCCCCAGUGGAGUGCUGGGGGGACGGCUGCGAGUGUCCACUCCAGUAAUACAGCCCUGCUUCCCUGGGGGGGUGAUGAGCACACCACGAGGCCAAUCAUUGGAGGAUCUACCACCCCACUCCUUGGCCCCCCAUGUUGGAGAGCUUUAUGCUCCAGUACCUACACAGGGCCAGCAGCCCUACCCUCAUACUCAAGUAACCCUGCCUCCACAGCCAGGUUUACGUUUGCCUUCUGCUGACAGGAACUGCUCACCCAUAUACGGCCUAGACCUGUCCAAAAAGAGCCCCAGCUCCCAGCAUCAUUCUACCCAUCCUCAUCUGAGUCACCCUAAUGAGGAGCCAGAGGGGGAACUGAAUCACCGCACAAGCCCGCUGCUUAACCCUACCAAUGGCUCAGGGAAAAUGGAGUCUGUACACCACACUGGCUCUCUUACUCCACGGUCUUUUCCCCUCCUUAACCCACUGCCCCAACUCCCUCGUUUUCAGCGUUCAGGUUCCCAGGGCCAAGAGGGUUACCCCUGCCCCCCAAGCCCUGAGCCCUCAGAAGAACCAGGGGACCGCAGCAGGGAUGGUUCCAACAUUUACCGCUGGGUGAAGAAUGAGCCCAUGACCUACAGCGUGGAGGAUGAAGAUGAGGAUGAUGAAGAGGAUGAUAGUGGGGGCAUGGGUGAGCAGGAUAAAGACACACACCACCAACAUAUGAAUCACCACAAAAACAGUGAGGAGAAAUUGAACCUGAGUGAGGGAGGCUAUGACAGGCCAGGAACCUGUGAUGGAGAGGAUGAGAAUGGGACAGGCAGUGAGGAAACAGGCAGCAGCGAAGGCAGGCCAUCUCCCCCUGGUCCCCGCGGGAGGUAUCAUAUGCCUUAUGAGCCAGAGAGCUUUGGAGAUAACUUAUAUGUGUGCAUCCCAUGUGGCAAAGGGUUCCCCAGCUCUGAGCAGCUCAAUGCCCAUGUGGAAACCCAUGCUGAAGAGGAUCUCAACCAUGUGGGAGAGCUAGAAAACCCAAACAGCAAUGGCACUGACAAACCCGCCAGCACCAAUGGACCCACAAACCUGAACAGCACCGGCAGCCUCCACAGCACCUACCUAGACAGUAAAUCAGGGCAGAACCUACAUCCAGGGGGCAUUGGGGAAAUGAUUCGGCCAUAUCGCUGUGCCUCCUGUGACAAAACCUACAAAGAUCCGGCCACGCUAAGGCAGCACGAGAAGACCCACUGGCUGACCCGCCCUUACCCCUGCAGCAUCUGUGGGAAGAAAUUCACCCAGCGUGGCACCAUGACCCGCCACAUGCGUAGCCACCUGGGCUUGAAGCCUUUUGCCUGCGACGCCUGUGGCAUGCGCUUCACUAGGCAGUACAGGCUCACUGAGCAUAUGCGCAUUCACUCUGGUGAAAAGCCGUAUGAGUGCCAGGUGUGUGGUGGCAAAUUUGCCCAGCAGCGGAACCUCAUUAGUCACAUGAAGAUGCACAGCAGUGGAGGGAACGGUGGGGGAUUCAUAUCUGAUGGCAAGCUGAAGAUGGACUUCUCUGAGGGCAUCUUUCCCCUAAGCAAGUAUGCAGCUGAACAUCUAGGCCUGAAACAAGAGAAGGCCUCGGAGCUUCUCGCACAGGCCUCUCAGCAGUUGCUGGCAGAUGCCAAGGCCAUGGAGAGCCUUUAUCCACUGUCCAAACUAACUGCAGAGCACCUAGGCCUCACCCAUGAUAAGAUGGAUGUCCUGCCACUGCCACCUGCCUCUCAACAGCUCUCUGCAGAGGCACGCACCAUUGACCGUUACUCCCCCAGCUAGAGAGGAGACCACCAACUCUGUCUUCCAUCAGCAGAGGUCAAUUGCCCAGCUAUGACACAUAACUAAAUGCUUGUAUGCUGCCCACAGUAUUUUAACUCUCACCUCAAUUUCAAUGAACCUGCACCUCAGACACAGGAGGAAAGAGACCUUCACCCAGAAAAAUGCACACAGGAUGCAUUGACUGUUAAAAGUGCCUUUCUCUACACAUUUUGCAGUAUAGCCAUUUAAAAAAAAAAAGGAGAACUGUUAUUUAUAAUUUGCUCCACCCGUGGACACACUCACAUAACAGUGCAGUAUAUAUAUAUAUAUAUAUAUAUAUAUAUAUAUAUAUAUAUAUAUAUAUAUAUAUAUAUAUACACAUACACACAAAUAAGAUCCUUUUUAUUCAACCUCCGAGCCAACCAGUCAAUUUAAAACCAAAAAAAGACAUUUUUAUUUAUUUUAUUUGUUUUUGUAUGUAAGUAAAACCCAAAGAAAAUAGGUUUCAAAAGAGUGUUGCAAUCAUACCCUUAACAUGUGUAAUAAGUGUGACUAGUGUAUAUAGAAUAAGUAACAAAGCACAUAUGAACAAUUUUCAGGGCUUCUGACCAAGAUGGAAAAGGGAUUCUGGGCAAAAGAGAAAGCCGCAUCUUUGGAACUUUAUCAUAAUUGGAGGACUUUUUUUUUUUUUUUUUUGGAAUACCGGAUAUCUCCUAUAAAUCAGUUUCCUGCUUUGCUGAGUGGCCCAGCAUUCCCAUACAAAUGGGAGCAACUACUUGAAGCCAGUAAUUGUUCCAGCACUUUGGUAAAGUGACUUAAGCUUAUCUAUGCAUUGAUAUAGUAAGUCCCAUUUUGUAGAGAAAAUAUCCAGAGUGUCAUAUAUAGUUUGAACUAUUUUUGCAUAUUAUACCCCACCCCCUUUCAAGUGCCUUCAUACUGGUUGUUUAAAGAGCAAUGAGAAAAUCCAUUUGAGUGCACCACUGACAUAUUAUUGUGCAUAUUCCAAUCAUGCCAGUAAUCCAUGGUGGUGAAUACAUGUCCAUCUGGUGAGAUAGACUAAGCAUGGGUGUUGCCUUUAAAAUCGGGUAAUAUUUACAAUUCAGCAAUGCAGCCCAAACAUUCUUCAGGAGAACACAGUGAACCCAUUAGAAAGCUGUCAAGCCUCAACAACACUCAAAACCAAACAAAUAGCGAUCGAAACAAAAGCAUUUCUUUUCCAGAUCCAGUGUAUAUAAACUCUAUCCAAGUAACCCACAUUAUUUGAUAAAUAAUGAAUCUAAUAGCAUUUAAAGUAAACUUCCAUAAUCAGAGUAUAUGUCACAGAGAGCUGCAUAGGCCCACUCAUGGUGUUGUUGCUUUCAGGUUAAUAUGUGAAGCUGUUAAUGUGACAGCCACGAAGAUUAGACAUAGGGCACUCUCCCUGACACUGAUAGCAUGGAUAAAUCUCAGCACGCUCACAGCAGCUGCUCCACUCAGGAUAAGCCCUGUGAAAUCCCCAAUUCUCUCAGACUGUUCGUGCUGUCUGUCAGCAUGAUCCCAGAUUUCAUGGCUGCUAAGCAGUCUUGUGAUGUACACACUUCGUGGAUCACCCCAACCGCACUCCCGACCACCACCUGCCACCUAACAAACAAACAGCGCACCCAAUUUCGCAAAGUCUUGAAAGACAUAUUACGUCUUAUUAUGUCACAUAUCAAUAUUAUUUAUGCACCUGUACCUUAUCCUUAUAUACCAAUGAUACUGGGAAUUUUCCUUUAUUUUUUAUUUUGUAAAAGAGGGGAGUUUGUUGACCACUAUUGACAUUUACAACCUCAAUAGGUAAAUGUGAAGACUUACUUAAGCCAUAAAUGCACUGUGAUAAGACUAAUAACCCUCCCAGCCUUUUUGAGAAUACUGAACAUGUUACGAUUGUUGUAGGAAACUUCAGUACACUGCCUUCUAGAGACUUGUCUGUAGCAUGUCAUCAUGUUGAUGUUUCUGUGGGUCACAUUUGACGAUUGACUCUUAAACCAAAGAGAAGUGAAACUGGUGCUUACCUCAGGACCUGACCCAUCUCAGUAUGGGGACACAAAGUUAGGAAAUAGCUAAGCAUGCACAUACAAGUGCGCUGGCACACACACACACACACACACACACACACACACACACACACACACACACACACACACACACACACACACACACACACACACACACACACACACACACACACACACACUCUCAUGGCAGAGUUGUCCUAUUCAAACCUGUGGUUAUUUCAUGAAUAUGAAAAUGUGUUCAUGUUGUCGAUUUCUAAAAAGAUUAUAUAAUUAUUAACAAUGUUUCUGAGUAGUUUACUCAACUAUCGUCUAUUUCUGCAUGAGCACCUGUAAAUAUUCCUGUGUGUGUAGCACAACUCUGAACACACCCUCUUCCCCAGAGCAAUAUCAAUCCUUAGUGUUAAAUGCUGUGCUGUAUAUAAAAUGCUGUGUGUUUAUCAAUAAUCCGCUGCAAUGAUAAACACUUGGGUUGACUUGUUAAAGAAGAAGCAUAGUUUCUAAAGUUGACUGACCCAUGUUCAGGGUGUGACUGAAGGAGCAUCAGCUGAAACCUUGGCAAUAAAAUAGGACUGGGUUCCCACUUAGACUUUGUAUAUUCUGACUAUCAAACCACACAAGAAACCAGCGUGUUUGGGCCUCAGAGAAAUGCUGUGAUUUCCCAAUACAUUUUAAGUGGAUAGCAGGGAUCUAGACACACGUACACGCACACACACACGCGCACACGCACACACACACAUACACACAGUGUAAACAAGUUACAAAUCUACUGUCUCAAGCCUACGAACAAUAUUACUACAAUAUUACUACUACUAUAACAGUGAAAUCUGUGACCGCAGACAUAUUAAUACACAUAGAAAAUGUGGAUUUUAGUCCUGGGGAUAUAAAUCUCACACUCCCCUUCUCUGCCAUUCAUUAAGCACCUCUGGGACUAUCUUUCUUGCUAUUUCCUACAGGCAAAACAAGAAAGAAAAGUAGCAAUAUUUUUUUUUAUCCACACCCAUUCCAGAUACUAUUUUCUACUAUUUAUUUUCUGUACUGUUCUAGAUGUAUUACAGUAACUUCUAACACAGUUGGGAAUCUGUGCACAUGCACACAUUGAAAAGGUGACAUGAUUACUUGUGUCUUAGUCUAGGUGAGCUCAUUGAGUGAUUGGAAAGCAUGUGUGUGCUUCAGUCAAUGUCGCGAACUUGAGCAGAAGUGCACUUUCAUCUUGGUAGUAGCAGUGAGCAGGAUGCAUAGUGUGGUUCUUCUCAAAGCCAGAUAAUGCUAGUACAGAGCAGGAGAGAGUGAGAGAGAGGAAAAGAGAGGUUAGCAGAGGUUGGGGAUUCCAAGUCUUGUCCUGAUUAUAAAAGAGUAAUCUAUGACUCCUUUCCAUUCAGAAAAGGAAUGCGAUGUCUGGCCUGCUUUACGUUUCCUUUUGCUUCUUCAUGCCUUUUUUACUCUGGACAGAGGCAGUGUUUGACAGUUUACAAAGAGCUGUUAACUCUCUGGUCACUCUUCUCAUCCAAAGAGUGGGCCAAGUGAAGAAAAGCAAAGCUUGGGAGAUGAAGAGAAAUAUGUGGAACAAUACACUCUACUAACCAUACUUCAUAAACUGGUCCAAAGGAAAUAUUCCUCUCAGUCUGAGGAAGCUCCCUCAGUCAGAGCAGAAACCAAAGCUUACUGAAGCCAGCCUUAAAGUUUAUAUGGACAGAAUCUACUCUGCAGAAGAGUAGUAUAAACAUCCAAAUCAAAAGCGUAUUACUGUGUUACUGCGGGUGUUUAAAACAUGGCCAUUGUGGUCCCACUAAAGGCUUAAUUCUAGCUCAAACCCGUGGUCUAAAAUAUCAGAUUCAAAAGAUGGCCACAUGCAUGAUGUUGAGAUAAUCUUAUCUAGCCCAUACACACAGAGGUUCUUAGAAAUGUCUUAUUCAUAAUAUGCAGCAAACCCCCACACUUCUGUGUAACAGUAGUUACAGUCUGUGUUGUUAUCCAUCUAUGGUUAUGGAUGCUGACUCUUGACUGAAUGAGAACUUUUCAAACUCAAUCCUCUGGCAGUGUGCUGUCUCUUUUCUGUCUGUCUGGAGCUUUGACUGAUUGGGAAAUGACCCAUAAUGCACUUGUCCAUUUGCCUUGCCUUUCAGCAAUGUGCUAAAAAAGUGAGUGAUCCUUGACAAAUUUGAUUGCACUCAGCUGUUUCACAUUGACUCAUAAAAAGGGCACAUUUCUGGAGAAAUCAUCGGCUCAUAAUUGUUCCUGCUCCGUGGCUGCUCGCACCACUCCCUCUCUUUCUACCCACGCCAUCCCAGCUUCUCCCAGACAAGCUCAGUGCUUUCUUCUACUUCUCUGGAAGCACCUUGGAUCCAUACGCACUCCCUCCCACCGGCUGACCCAGAGUUCUGACCACAAGCCCACGGCCGCACCUUCUGAUCAAGUGGCGUCCAGCUGCUCUUCUUGCUAUAGAAGACAGUUGUCUAAAUGUUUAUGUGAAAAACUAGUUUCUUUUUCUUCACGCCCUUAUCAAGUUCCAUGAUAAACAUGAAGGCAUGUGUUAAGAUACUCUGUGGGGCUAGAUCAGCUAAAUAAACAGCUGACGAUGCUAUCAUCUCAGACUUAGUUACUAUAAAAAUGUGUCAUAACUGGAGAUAAAAGAGGGAGCUUUGUGACUGAAGAAAACUCCAGGAUGAUAUAAAAGGACACGUGAGGGAACAUACAUUCAAUGCUAACAAGCAGAACGCAGUAAGUUGUGCACUAUUCUCUCUAGUGCGUAGAUGUAGGAACCGAUCCUGGAGAUAAAACGAGAGAACAUGUCAGAGUUCUGGAGUUUAUAUGGAGACAAGAUUAAUGCGCUUUUCUGUUUCACCUUGGGUAACUUGCCAUACUGUGGGACAGGUUUGGACUCUUUAAUUUGGCUGUCAGUAUUUUUUUUUAAAGGGCAUAGUUCUUUCAGGUGGUGUAGGUUCAUGUUUACGGAGUAACAUUGAAUGACUGCAUAGUGAAUUGGGUUUGCAUUUCCAUUUCAAAGUUUGUUCUCUGAGAGUCGGUAUCAUGUUACCUGGCCUCAAAUUAUUGCUCCAUCUUCCCACAACAUGAACUGGUUCUCUACAGGCUUACAGCGAGUCCGUCAAUGGCUCCUUUAGUGUGUUUGGUUUGGUGCGCUCACUCUGCUGAACAUUCUGCAGCUCUGAAAUGGAUAGAGGAGAGUCCUGAUUAGUAGAUUAGAUAGAGUCCAUAAAAAAGCUACAUAAAUAUGGACUGGUUACACAGAGCUGUGUACAGUGCCCUUACAUUGAUUGGAUUUGAAUGCAGCUUCAAUUCAGCCAACUGGGCAAUUCAAUUCAAACAUGUAAACAAAGGAAAAGUUUAACACGAGGAGAAUGGCAGAGCAGAGUGCCUGAUUUUAUCGCAUUGUUGAUAGUCAUGCAUGACCCCACCCCCCCACCCCAAACACACACACACACACACACACACACACACACACACACACACACACACACACACACACACACACACACACACACACACACACACACACACACACAGCUGGAUGGCAGACAGCCUGUCACUGCUCUGUGUUCCAGAUUAGGUCAGAUUUAAUUAGGUUACCCAGCUCCUUUUGGAGUGUCACUUUGAGUUUAAAAAACCAUUACUAAAACGCAGGCUGUGUUACUGAUGGGGUGAAGCAGAAAUCAGACCAGCCAGAACAUUGCUGAGACAUCUGGACACUCUGCACACACACCUAUUUACAAGUUCAUAUAUGUGGCCACACAUACACUCGCAUACGCACACACACACACACACACACACACACACACACACACACACACACACACACACACACAUUCAAUAAU